AGCGUCCUUGUUUGUGUGGUGCCGCCGCCGCCGGUGCAGCCGCCGCCGCCGCCGCUGCCCCCGUCUGUACCGCAGUGUCUGCUCCGCCCGCCCUCCCCGGUCCGGCCCGCCCCCCACCCCCACCCCCGCCCCUGGUCCCGUCAACGGGGUCCGGAGCUUACUGUGCCGUCGCCUCUUCCUUUUUCGACGCCUCCGCCGCCGCCUGAGGAGGCGAGCUAGCCGGGAGUUACACCGCCACCGCCAGGAUGGAUAGAAUGACAGAAGAUGCUCUUCGUCUGAACCUAUUAAAAAGGAGCUUGGACCCAGCAGAUGAGCGAGAUGAUGUGCUGGCAAAACGACUCAAAAUGGAAGGACAUGAGGCCAUGGAACGUCUAAAAAUGUUGGCACUGCUCAAAAGAAAGGACUUAGCGAAUCUUGAGGUGCCACACGAGUUACCCACCAAACAGGAUGGCAGUGGUGUCAAAGGUUAUGAAGAGAAACUCAAUGGGAAUCUCAGGCCUCAUGGAGACAACAGGACUGCUGGAAGGCCAGGCAAAGAAAACAUCAAUGAUGAGCCAGUGGAUAUGAGUGCUCGACGGAGUGAGCCAGAUCGAGGAAGGCUAACUCCUUCCCCAGAUAUCAUUGUUUUGUCUGACAAUGAGGCUUCCAGUCCCCGUUCCAGCUCCCGAAUGGAAGAAAGACUGAAAGCAGCCAAUCUGGAGAUGUUCAAGGGGAAAGGCAUUGAAGAACGACAGCAGCUUAUCAAGCAGCUGAGGGAUGAGUUACGGUUGGAAGAGGCUCGAUUGGUGCUAUUAAAGAAACUGAGACAGAGUCAGCUGCAAAAGGAGAAUGUGGUCCAAAAGACUCCAGUUGUACAGAAUGCAGCAUCUAUUGUUCAGCCGUCUCCUGCCCAUGUGGGACAGCAGGGUUUAUCUAAACUUCCCUCCCGGCCUGGAGCCCAGGGGGUUGAGCCUCAAAAUUUGAGAACAUUACAGGGUCACAGUGUCAUUCGUUCAGCAACCAGUACCACCCUCCCACACAUGUUGAUGUCUCAGCGUGUUAUUGCACCAAAUCCAGCCCAACUGCAGGGUCAGCGGGGACCACCUAAGCCUGGCCUUGUACGCACCACAACACCCAACAUGAAUCCUGCCAUCAAUUACCAACCACAGUCAAGUUCUUCCGUUCCUUGUCAGCGCACAUCAUCAUCUGCCAUCUACAUGAACCUCGCCUCCCAUAUCCAGCCAGGGACCGUGAACAGAGUGUCCUCACCACUCCCUAGCCCCAGCGCCAUGACUGAUGCUGCCAAUUCACAGGCUGCAGCCAAAUUGGCUCUUCGCAAGCAGCUGGAAAAGACGCUCCUGGAGAUCCCACCUCCAAAGCCUCCUGCUCCUUUGCUUCACUUUCUCCCCAGUGCCGCUAAUAGCGAGUUCAUCUACAUGGUAGGCUUGGAAGAGGUCGUGCAGAGUGUCAUUGACAGCCAAGGCAAAAGCUGUGCCUCACUCCUGCGAGUUGAACCUUUUGUAUGUGCCCAGUGCCGCACAGAUUUCACCCCUCACUGGAAACAAGAGAAGAAUGGUAAGAUCCUGUGUGAACAGUGUAUGACCUCCAACCAGAAAAAGGCUCUGAAAGCUGAACACACCAACCGGCUGAAAAAUGCUUUUGUGAAAGCCCUACAGCAGGAACAGGAAAUUGAGCAGCGAUUACAGCAACAGGCAGCGCUUUCUCCUACUACGGCUCCGGCUGUGUCCAGUGUCAGUAAACAAGAUACCAUAAUGAGACAUCAUACACUUCGGCAGGCUCCGCAGCCCCAGAGCAGCCUCCAGCGUGGCAUACCCACCUCUGCUCGUUCCAUGCUUUCAAACUUUGCACAGGCACCCCAACUGUCUGUGCCAGGCGGCCUCCUUGGUAUGCCAGGUGUCAACAUUGCAUACUUGAACACUGGCAUUGGAGGACACAAAGCCCCCAGUUUGGCAGACCGACAGCGCGAGUACCUUUUAGACAUGAUCCCUCCUCGGUCUAUAUCGCAGUCCAUCAGUGGACAGAAAUAACGCCUGGUCCACUCGCACUGCCCCAACCUUGAAUCCUUUACCCCUUUUCUCUUCCAUUGCCCCAACUUCCGUCGCAUGCAGUGCCUGUACUGGUGCCUACCAUACACGGAAAGCAAAACUGAAAAACAGAAGACAAAAAUAGAAAUCAACGAGAAAACACAACGCCCUGCCCUGCCAUCUCCCCUUUCACACUGCUGCGAUCUGUUCUCCUGCCGUUUUAUCUUCUCUCUUCAGUUUUCUUUAACAGUGAAGUGGAUCUUUGCCUCUGAGAGAGGUGAGGAUGAGGCCCUGGGAGAAUCUAAACCCUUUGACAUGUGUUUCCUAAGUUUGUUUUAUGCUAUAACUAUUAAUCUUUUUUUAAUUAUAUUGUAUGCCCUCCCUUUGUUCAGUGAACGGUUAAGUCUCCCCCAUUCUUUUUUCUUUUUCUGUCUUUUUUUUUUUUUUUUUAAUAACAUAAAUGACUUCAGUUCAAUGAUAGGAGCAGUGCAGAUUGCAGUAGGGUCUCAGCUGCCAAGCAGGACAUGACCUGGAGCAUUAGGGGCAGAGGUUUGGAUGUGCUUAGCCUGAGCUGUUGGGUAGAUGGCAUCAGGUAAGGAAGCGUAGCACCUCAGCUGUGGGUGUUUGGGGCUGGACAUUAGAGAAGCUGUGUUCUAGUAUUAUAAUCAGGCUCUAAGAAUGAAGGGAAAGAGCCUGGAGAAAGAAGCUUUAAACAACCACCCUGGAAUUCACCUGUGGAAGAGGGGCAGGAAGAGGUGUAAGGGGAGCAUAGUGGUGAGCUAGGGAGGACUGAGGCUGGCCCCUGGCCUUCCGGGUGUGGGGGUGUGAGACUGGUCUGGUCCCAGUGGAUCUACUCCAGGCCCAGUAGCCCAGAUUUUAAUCUUGUUUUCUUAACAGAAUUGUCCCUCACCCCACUCUCACUCUCUUUAAAAAUCCCAGUGUUCCCUCCUUUAACCACAGCCCCAUCUAUGACACAUCUGUUCCAGGCUGAGUUUGCUGGGGUUCUAAAAGCUGGAAUGGGCAUGAUUGAGUCCAGUGACCAAAGGAGGAAGCAGGGGAAGAAGCUCUCUCAGCAGCUGCGGUUCUCACAUCUGUCUGUCCUUUCUGUCUAUGGAGAGGCUGAGAGUAAGGCUCAGAGAAUCAGGGUGCAAUCUUGCCCUGGCUGAGGCCGUGACUGCAGAACCAGCUGCCCAAGGCCAAACACUUCAUGUCAUAGCCAGCUUUGGACCUAUGCUACACAAAUGUUGUCUUUCCCCACCCCAGAAUUCUAUUAAUUUUGAUUCUUGUUUUCCUUUAUUUUUUUCUUAAGUGCUACUAAUGUAGAGAAUGAAUUGUGCAAUGUUGCUGUUCUGGGGAUUAGGGAGAUUCCAUCCCAUUUGCUCAGCUGUGGGGGAGGUGGGAGGGGUUUAGGCUGUUUUUUUGAGGUAAGGGAAGCCCCCUUAAGGGAAGGAUUUCUGCUCUCAAGAGUGUGGAGAGCACCUGCCUGCCUCUUGAGCUCUACAGGCUGUCAGAGUGCACUGGGGUUACUCUUAGCAGAGGUAUGAAGAAUUGUUUAAUAUUUUGCCCUUGAAAGCCACCUGAGGAAGUUCCCUCAUUUUUAUUUUUAAAAAAAUUAAAUAAUUUUUUUAAAGUAAAAAGGCACUUUUAAAAUUAACACACAAACUGCACAUCUUCCUCAUAAAAUUUGGGGGUAGGGUGGGAGAAGGAGCUGAAAUUAGGCUUAGUUCCCCACUCUGACCUCUAUUCCCCACACCCCAGUCCCACUGUGGGUGAUUAUACUGGCCCUACGGGUCUCCCUGGCUUUUUUUCUUUUCUCCCUUCCCCCAAAUUCAUUGAGCACUUAAUAAAGGAGCAGAGAUGCAACCAGUGUCUGGGCUCCCCAAGUGGUGAAAUGAUCUGGAAGCUAGACGCUAGUAACAGGUAGUGAUCGGGUCGUUUCAAGUAUUUUGGGGGAAUGUGGUACCCCUGACUGUAAGUGGGAGAGGGAGGGGGGUUAAUGGAACUGGGUCUGGGGUUAUUUUAAAAUUAUAUAUAUAUAUAUAUAUAAAAAGAUAUAUUCUUACAUCUUUUCUUUGCCCUCUGUGCUUUGAAAGCACUGGAUGAAUUGUUUGGUUUUGCUUUUCUCUCUUCCACAAAAUUGGAAGCUUUUUUUAAUGUUUUUCCUACAAGUCAUCCUGCCUUGUGGCAUGUCUGUCUAGCCUUCCCCCUCCCCGUGAUAAAGUGCCAUUUCUGUUAAGUCUCCCUGACCCCCAACUCAGAGGUGCUCAGAGGUACAAGGUGCCCAGGUUUGUCAUUUGAGAUUACAAAUUAGGAACAGAGAAUGUGCAAUACCGUCUAGCUGGGGGCUAUCCCUGCCCUGAGCUGAGCCCCUUCCCUGGGAGCCAGGCCACCUUGAAUGGGAUUCAGAUGUAAGAUGCAUAGAGAGGAGGGUGAUUGGGAAGGAAAGCCCACAGUCUAGUGCCUGCUCAGGUGCUGAGAGAGAGGGCAAAUCUUCCCUGUUCUUCCCUCCUCUGGGUCAUUUACACAGAAGCUGCUUACUGACUGGUUAGCUCUGUGACCCUUUGCUCAAUCACUGAGGCUUAAUUUCUUACUCUCAUCCCCAUCCUCAUACCCUACCCAGGGACUCAUGUUGGGAUGAGGGCUCCUUAAUCAUGAUGAAAGUGUUAGCUGCCCACUGCCUCUAUCCCUCCCUCUACCCUUUCACCCUCAGUCUCCAGGGUUCAUCCCUGACUGCCUGCUGUCCUUCCAGGUCUGAUGUCACUGUCCUCUCUAGCCCUUGACCCUGUAGACACUAACCCUCAUGCCUGAAGGAUAGGCAGGAAGACCCUGUCUUCAGAGUUGUCCUUUGUCCUGGAGCUCUGAUUCUUGGGAUAUUGAGAGUGAGGGUCCCACCAGUUCUGCCUGGCUUCUUCCAGACCCUGAGGCACUAAAAUAUUACUCAUGGGUGGUGUCUUACUCCCUAGAACCUGAAGUGGGUGGAUUAGUGGUAAGGUUUGGGUGAAACUAGGGGACAGAGGUCCUUAUUUGUCAAGUUUUGUCACUUAACCACAGCAUCUGGACUCUCCAUUGCUGGAAUAAGUAUUUUUCCCACAUUUUUCCCCCCUUUGGAUAUAUAUAUGGUAGACUUUUUUUUUUCUUUUUUUUUUUUUUUAAGACAGAUAAAUGUUUUCCCACUUUGGUUUCCUUUCCUUUUCCCUUUAAAAGGAAUUAGCUAUAGAACUGCUUUGUAAAGAUGCUUCUUGGUAUUUUACUUUUGUUCCUUUCCCCAGCCAUUCCCUUCCUCUCCAUUCCUCCAAAAGGUGAAACCCUCCUCGUUCCCCCACACCCCAGCCCUAGGCUCCCUUCCUUCCACCAAGAUCUUCAUUAGCUUAUGAUACUUGCUGCCGAGAUGUUAUAACAAGGACUCAUUCGUGUAUAUAAGCUAUUUCUUGAUCCAUUUAAAAGGAAUUGUACAUUGUGUAGAAAAAAAAAAAAACUGAAAAAGAGAAAAAAAAGCCCUAGCCAUGGAUAUUGUGAAACUGUGUUACGUCAUUUUGUAAUGUGCCCGUUUGUGUAUGAUCCGUGCAAAAGGGUUUCUGGGGAAGGGGUGGGGGUAGGGAGGCAGGGCUGCGGAGGGAGGGGAGGGAGUGGGCCGGGCCCAGCUCACUGAGACUGGCAGCUGCUCCAACCCCAUCCCUCCUUAGAGAUGCCACCUCCCCCACCACCCACCCCUAAUUUGUGCCUUGCCUCCCCACCCUGGAGUAGUCCCUCCGGGUCACCAGCACUGCCUUGGCAGAGCCCACUCCCUACCCUAACCUGCCCCUCUCCCUGCCCCCCAGCAUUAGGUUGAUACUGUGGGGAAGUGCUGGGGAUUGGGAGGUAGUGGAGGAGUGGGGCAGUUCCCGGGGGCAUCGAAACCAAGUAUUAUUAUGAAUUGUAAUUGUAUUUGCACUGUUUUUUCCCCUCUGAUUGCAUCAGCAUAUAUACAAUAUACCUGUAUAACAAAAUCCAGUGUCAAGCUUUCUUAUGCAAGGGAUUUUCCCCACCCCAUCCUCCAAAAGAAGAGACCAAGUCUUGUGGGCCUUUGAGGGUGUAUUGUCAGAGGAUGGUAGAAAGGAGUUGAUAAGUUAUUGUAAGGCAGUCUCAUCUAACGAGAGCCCUAGCUGUCUGCAGCAUUAGAACCUGCACAAAUUUCAAUGAGGCUGGGCUUCUGGCCCAGGACUGGAAGAUAACCACCAGUGCAGAGGGGCACAAUUUAGAGACCAGAAGUCUCGUAUCCUAGUGUGAUCUUUGGUACAGUUCAUUUUCUGGGUCGGAGCUUUUUCUAAUCUAUGAAGUGAGUUGGGUGAGACUAUGAAGUCAUCUGGCCAUUUAGUUUAAAAUUUUAAAAUUUAGUUGCCCCACCUUCUGAUAAAAUACUGCUUGAGGUGAAGGAAGUGUAGGGUUAACAAAUCUGGGAGGAAAUGUAUCACUGUAAAAUGGAUAUGGAUGAGACAGUGCCCUACUUUAACAUGGACUUGGGAGGUGACAGUAGUGUUUUGCAUAUCAAGUCAGGCCAGUCACAUCUUUGUCCACGGGUUUAGCCAUCUGAGGUCAGGGACCAGGCGACAAGCCCCACCUCGCCACCAAUCACAAAGCCAGUGUGGUUGACCCAUGAAAUGCCCCAGUUGGUGGACUAGUUAUUCCCUUUGAGAGCUACAAAACUUCCUGUCGUCUUGGUGACAAAUAGGAGAGCUCAGAUAUAGCCCACAUCUCUCCUUCCCCCAGAAUCUCAUCUGAACCCCCCAAGACAGCUUUUUACUGUCUCAGGGGCCCAGUUUCCCCACUGCCUGGGCUGAGCACUCCCACUUUUGAGGUUCUUGGCUGGUGAGGCCCGGGGAGGGUGCAGGAUGGGGGCCAAGCCCUGGCUGAA